AUGGGCAUACUCGGGCUGUUCUCCUUGCUGUCCUGUGCUGUCCUGUUUGUGCACAUUUCCUACCGAGGCUUCACAUCGCCAGAGAGCAAGAAGCAGGAGACACCGGUCGGCCUCGGCGCCGAAGACGCAAAAACAUUCGACAAGUGGACACUUGGGGCAAAUCGACAACAACAACAGCAGCAACAACAACAACAUGAAGAACAACAGAACACCUCAGAUAUGACAAAAGUCUUCUCGCAGAACCCUCAAAGCCGAGAUAGCAAGGCUGCGGCGCGCCCGGGGUACAACUCGUUCCUCACCCUGAUUCACCACCUCCUAGUGGCCGACAUGUUUCAGGCCAUGUCGUUCGUCCUCAGCCUGCACUGGUGGCGCUACGACGGGAUAUUUGUGCCAUCGACGGCCUGUGCGGCGCAGGGGUUCUUCAUCAACCUCGGGAGCCUCUCGAGCAGCGCCCUGCUGGUCGCCAUGUCGUUCAAUACUCUGCUCACGAGCGUCUGGGGGUAUAAGUUAACCUGGCGUGCGGUCUGGUUCAUCACGGCCAGCAGUUGGGUCUUUGCAUUCGGCGUGUCCUUUGUUAACCUUGGAGUCGCGCGAAGCUUCUCGGCUCGGAAGGAGUGGUACUAUGCCAGGUCCAAGUCGUUAUGCUGGGUGAACUGGAAAUAUGCGUCAAAAUAUGGCAUUUGGCUUCAGAAUUUCUGGAUCACCCUGUCUAUCGGGGUUACUAUCAUCUGCUACCUGUGGAUCUUUGUUUCAUGGGUGUGUCAUAAACGGUUAAUUAGGCGAGGGCGGUGGUUGAGGAGCGAAAGUGAGCCGCGGGGCUUAUCUUCUUCUGGCCUGCACUCGGCAUUCCUGGUCUAUCCCGUCAUUUUUAUCAUCUGCGCUGGUCCCAUUCUGCUCGUUGGCCUUGUUGCCGCAGGCGGUACUGAGAUUACUAACACGUACCUAUCGUUCGUGUCGAUCCUCUCGUCGGUGACGGGGCUGCUGGAUGCGAUCCUCUGGUCCACGACCAUCCUGUUCAGCUCGAACCAAGAGCUCGAGGAAGUUGGUCUUGGCAAAUACAACUUCGUCCGGACUCCGGAAAGAGACUACGGAAAUAUAGUCUGGGUCGAAGGGGCGACGAGGCGAGGGCAAAGCAGGGACGGGAAUAUAGAAGGGCCGUGCGGGCAGAGAUGGUGGAAGCUUAACGGUGGCGAGGGUGGCUCGUCGGGCAGCAACCGGGGGGACAACAACCGCCAUAGGGAGGAGGGCAUCCAUCUGGACACGAUUACAACAGUUACAGUGGAUUAUGUGCGGCCAGGUGCACGGGCAUGGCCCAAGAUGUUAUCAAACCUAAAAGAAAGGAAAAAGAGUAUAUUCUGCUGCGAGGCCCAGCCCGGCAUAUCAAGGCUAUAUCAGAAUGAUUUCUCAAUCUUCAAUCCCAUGGUUCGCAGCAUAACCGCCACGAAGCACAAGCGAGGCAGGACGGUGGAAGAAGUGACAACGGACUCGUCGAACCUACAGCCAGCUGGCAAGGACUGGAGGAGAGUCAAGGAGCGGCUUGAUAGUGAUAGUCGCUACAAGCUCGUGUUCAUCAUUCGACACGGCGCGGCAGAGCAUAACCAGCGACAGGAUGCUUGGGAUCGCCGCCUCUACGAUAGAUACUCGUCCAAGAACUGGGACGCAGCAAACAAGGACUUGUCGACACAGGGCAAGGUGCAAGCUCAAGAUGCAGCGAUCCGGCUGAUGCAGCACACAGGCGGCCUGACACCACAAAGCUUCUACACCGGCCCGCAUUUACGAUGCAUAACCCAAACCACCAUCAUGGCAAAGAUACUCUCUGGUAGAGCCCACCCGCACGUCGCGAUCAUGGAUGAGAUGAGGGAGUGGAUGGGCUUUGGCCAUGACGAGGUGACGGACUGCCGGGGCACAAAGAGCCAGAUCAGCCACCGCGUUCGAGACCGGGGCGCCAUUGCUAUAUUCGGAGGUGACGACUUCCCUGAGCAAGACGAGAUGUUUGAGGAGCGGGUACGGUCUGGCGAAUCGGUCGAGGAGCUUUGGAUCGACGUUGACCGACGCUGGCUGAGGGCCCUGGAGUUCAUCUGGCAGGUGGACGACCACAACGUCAUCUGUAUCUGCUCCAACAAUAGGUCGCUGCAGUCACUCCUUCGUCUUGUUGGGUUUCCCUGCAGCGUGGAAACUCUCGAGGAUGAAUUUGGCAUUCUCAAUCUACAGAACUCAGCCAUCAUUCCUCUUCUUAUCAAGAGGACGCCGACAGAGGAAGGGCUUGAGGACUGGAACGACGCAUGCACUUACUGGGAGGAUAUAGAGAAGCCCAUCAUCAUUGCACAGCGGGAGAGAGACUAUGCGGAGGAAUUGAAGUGUUCGUGCAAUGCCCCUAUGGCUCCUUUCACGAGACUUGGUUCGUGCAACACAUGCAUCACUAGGCAGUCGCAUGUCCGCAAGGCUCCUCAGGGAGUGACAAAAGAUAUGGGAUCCGGACAGAAGAAUGAAGCCUUUGGACCUUGA